AUGUUUUACCCACUGAAAGUCAUCCUGAUGCCAGUGUUACUGGGUUAUUCGUUGGGCCUGAAUGACUUGACUAUUUCUGCCAUGGAGCUAACAGUCCACGUGGGUGACUCGGCCCUUCUGGGAUGUGUUUCUCAGAGCACAGGAGAGAAACAUGUGACCAAGGUAGACUGGCUGUUUUUAUCAGGAGAGCACGUCAAGGAUGAGUAUGUGCUCUACUAUUACUCCAACAUCAGCGUGCCUUUGGGGCGCUUCCAGAAUCGUGUGCGCUUGGUGGGGGACAUCUCACACCAUGACGGUUCCCUCCUGCUCCAAAACGUGGAAGAGACCGACCAAGGAAACUUUACCUGUGAAAUCCGCUUCCAGAUGGAGAGCCUUGUGUUCAAAAAAGUGAUUGUUCUGCAUGUACUACCAGAGGAACCCAAAGAGCUCAUGGUUCAUGUGGGUGAUUCGACUCAGAUGGGAUGUGUUUUCCAUAGCACAGAAGAGAAGCACAUGAGCAGGGUAGACUGGAUGUUCUCAUCAGGAGAGCCUGCCAAGGAGGAGAUUGUGUUGCGCUAUCAACCCAAACUCAGGGCGCCCCAGAACUGGGGCCGCUUCCUGAACCGUGUAAACUUGGUGGGAGACACUUCCCGCAAUGAUGGCUCUAUGAUGCUCCACGGAGUGAAGGAGUCAGAUGGAGGAAACUACACCUGCAGUAUCUACCUGGGGAACCUGACAUUCAGGAAAACCACUGUGCUGCAAGUGAUCCUGAAAGAGUCCCGAACAUUGGUGACCCCGGGAGCCCUCAGACCAGAGAUCCUGGGUGGUAACCAGCUGGUGAUCAUCGUGGGGAUUGUCUGCGCCACCAUCCUGCUGCUUCCGGUUCUGAUACUGAUUGUGAAGAGGGCCUUCGGAAAUAAGAGUUCAGUCACUUCCACCACCCUGGUCAAAAGCCUGGAGAACACAGAGAAGCCUCGUGCAGAGAAACACAUUUACUCCUCAAUAACCACACAAGAGGUGAACGACGAGGAAGAAUCAGGUGGAAAAUCGGAGGCCACCUACAUGACCAUGCACCCAGUCUGGCCUUCUCUGAGGUCAGCACCAACUAGCCCACCAGACAAAAGGUCAACUGGGGGAAUGGCAAAAACAGAGCAAGCCUUCUGA